AUGAGAAAUGUAAAACCACGUCGUCCAAAUUGCUUAAAAGUUCACGAUCUUGUCGAUCGAGAAUUUUCUGAAACUCUUUCAACCCAGAUCGAACAAUCCGGCACGGAAACGGCCGGUUCCAUGGUAUUCCGGAGAUUUCAUGGAAGCAGUAUUCCCGAUGAGCGGAUUUAUCUGGUUUGGGCCGGAACCGACAGGAACAUAUCAAAACCGGUAGCCGGAUACGGUUACCGCUUUUCUCCAUCGGAUUCCUGGCAUUUUACGGGCGGAUUCCGCUCAGAAAUGGCGAGUUUCCUCAGGGAUUUCCUCGGAAAUUCAUGGAAUCCUGCUUUAGGAAUCAUCGUCCUGGGUGGUGACAAUUAA